AUGCAGGAGAAAUCGCGGCCCCGCCCCGCUCUGCUGCUCCAGACUUGGUUCAGGACGGAGAGUGUGGGCAGAUUGGGCGUCUUUUUGUGCCCUCGGCUCGGGUUUUCUUCCAGUCGCAGUGCUAACCUCACUACCAUCUUAGGAACCAAAGCCUUUCAGGGCAUUUUGUUUUCUGACCCAGAGCAGAUCUCAGGCCACUGUUCCUCGACUUUUGAGUUUGAUGACUUCAAGGGGUUCAAGACUUCAGUAGAGGAAGUAACUGCAGAGGUGACGGAAACAGCGAGAGAACUAGAAUUAGAAGUGGAGCCUGCAGGUGGGUUUUCAGAAAAGACAUAUGAAUGGAGCUCAGAAGAGGAGGAGCCAGUGAAAAAGGCAGGGCCAGUCCAAGUCCUCAUCGUCAAAGAUGACCAUUCCUUUGACUUAGAUGAAACUGCACUUAAUCGGAUCCUUCUCUCAGAGGCUGUCAGGGACAAGGAGGUUGUUGCUGUGUCUGUUGCUGGAGCAUUUAGGAAAGGAAAAUCAUUCCUGAUGGACUUCAUGUUGAGAUACAUGUACAACCAGGAAUCAGUCGAUUGGGUUGGAGAUUACAAUGAACCAUUGACUGGUUUCUCAUGGAGAGGUGGGUCUGAACGAGAGACCACAGGAAUCCAAAUAUGGAGUGAAGUCUUCCUCAUCAAUAAACCUGAUGGCAAGAAGGUUGCAGUGCUAUUGAUGGAUACUCAGGGAACCUUUGAUAGCCAGUCAACUCUGAGAGAUUCGGCCACGGUAUUUGCACUUAGCACAAUGAUCAGCUCAAUACAGGUAUAUAACUUAUCCCAGAAUGUCCAGGAGGAUGAUCUUCAGCACCUCCAGCUUUUCACUGAAUAUGGCAGACUGGCGAUGGAAGAAAUAUUCCUGAAGCCAUUUCAGAGUCUGAUAUUUCUUGUUCGGGAUUGGAGUUUCCCAUACGAAUUUUCAUACGGAGCCGAAGGCGGCUCCAAAUUCUUGGAAAAACGCCUCAAGGUCUCAGGGAACCAGCAUGAAGAACUACAGAAUGUUCGAAAACACAUCCAUUCCUGUUUCACCAAAAUUUCCUGUUUUCUGCUACCUCAUCCUGGCUUAAAAGUAGCUACCAAUCCAAACUUUGAUGGAAAACUGAAAGAAAUAGAUGAUGAAUUCAUCAAAAACUUGAAAAUACUCAUUCCUUGGCUACUUAGUCCUGAGAGCCUAGAUAUUAAAGAGAUCAAUGGGAACAAAAUCACCUGCCGAGGUCUGGUGGAGUACUUCAAGGCUUAUAUAAAGAUCUAUCAAGGUGAAGAAUUACCACAUCCCAAAUCCAUGUUACAGGCCACAGCAGAAGCUAACAAUUUAGCGGCCGUAGCAACUGCCAAGGAUACAUACAACAAAAAGAUGGAAGAGAUUUGUGGUGGCGACAAACCAUUUCUGGCACCUAAUGACCUACAGACCAAACAUUUGGAGCUUAAGGAAGAAUCUGUGAAGCUAUUCCGAGGGGUGAAGAAGAUGGGUGGGGAGGAAUUUAGCCGGCGUUACCUGCAACAGCUGGAGAGUGAAAUAGAUGAACUUUACAUCCAGUAUAUCAAGCACAAUGAUAGCAAAAAUAUCUUCCAUGCAGCUCGUACCCCAGCCACACUGUUUGUCGUCAUCUUUAUCACUUACGUGAUUGCUGGUGUGACUGGAUUCAUUGGCUUGGACAUCAUAGCUAGCCUAUGCAAUAUGAUAAUGGGACUGACUCUUAUCACCCUGUGUACCUGGGCAUACAUCCGGUACUCUGGAGAAUACCGAGAGUUGGGGGCUGUAAUAGACCAGGUGGCUGCAGCCUUGUGGGACCAGGGAAGUACAAAUGAGGCUUUAUACAAGCUUUACAGUGCAGCAGCAACCCACAGACAUCUGUAUCAUCAAGCUUUUCCUGCGCCAAAGUCAGAAUCUACUGAACAAUCAGAAAAGAAGAAAAUUUAA